AAAGAAAAAUAAAAUUAAAAAAAUGCUGGAAACUUUAUGAAAUUUGCAGCUCAAAGUUUUUCUUUCAGCACUCAAACUGGCGGAUUGUAAAAGCUCUAAAAACUUUUACGCAGACUCCUUACGCGCACUAAACGUGACCCAGUGACCCAGAUCAGAGGGAGUGAACUACUUCCAGCUGAUGUUUGGUGUUUUCUUCAGCGCACAAGGAUUUUCUGUGUUCUUCCCUUCACUUUGCUCACCAGUGCUGCAGGACUGCUCGCAUUGUCGGGCAGAGCAAGUGGGGUUUUCACUACGCUCUCCCGUGACCAAUGAGCGGGGUGCUGUCAGGGGUAACCACAUCUGUCAGUCGUUCUCGGCCAAUAAAGAGCGGAGCGAGGCGGACCACAGGUGCGCGCCUCUGCGUCCCCUUGGCACAGCGCCCGGGAGAUGCUGGAGAGAGACGCCUCGCUGCCCCGUGGCGCAAAAGAGUUCCUGUCAAAGGCAGCCUCCGUUUAACUCCGGCGACCACUCUGGCUCCUGUAGUUAUGGCGACCGCAACGUCCAACCACUACAGCGUCCUCAGCACCCCCAGCAGCGCGCCGCCGCUCGCGGAGUCCGGGAGCAUGCAGCAGGCGGCAGCGUACAGGGACGCGCACACCCUGCUCCAGAACGACUACGGCACGUUACCGGGCGGUGGGCAUCCGCUCAGCCACGCGCACCAGUGGAUAACGGCGCUCUCUCACGGGGACAGCGGGGCGCCGUGGCCAUCCAGUCCCCUCGGAGAGCAGGACGUGAAGCCCAUACUGCAUGACAGUGACCGAGAGGAGCUGCAGAACUCCAGCAGUCUGCAGCAGCAGCAGCAACAGCGACACCCUCACCUAGCGCACCAGCAGGCGCAUCACGACGCCAGAGCAUGGCGAACCAGCACCGCCACGACUCACAUCUCCGGCAUGGCGACGUCUGAGGGCCAGAGUCUAGUCUACUCUCAGUCCGGCUUCGGUCUGAUGCCGGGGGGAGAGCAAGGGGGAGGGAUGCACCACCACUCCCUGAGAGACGAGGACCACCACAGCCACAGUCCGCACCUCAGUGAGCACGGGAGCGGCCCCGGGGCCCACCAGCAGUCCAUCUCACACCAGCAGCAGCACGGGGGACACCAGGACCAGUCGGACGAGGACACGCCGACCUCCGAUGAGUUGGAGCAGUUUGCGAAGCAGUUCAAGCAGCGGCGGAUCAAGCUGGGCUUCACCCAGGCGGACGUGGGUCUGGCUCUUGGGACCCUCUACGGGAACGUGUUUUCUCAGACCACCAUCUGCAGGUUCGAGGCGCUUCAGCUCAGCUUCAAAAACAUGUGCAAACUCAAGCCGCUGCUGAACAAGUGGCUGGAGGAGGCGGACUCCACGUCCGGGAGUCCCACCAGCCUGGAUAAAAUCGCGGCGCAGGGCAGGAAGCGGAAAAAGAGGACCUCCAUCGAGGUGGGCGUGAAGGGCGCUCUGGAGAGCCAUUUUCUUAAAUGUCCCAAACCAGGAGCGGCGGAGAUCAACUCGCUGGCGGACAGCCUGCAGCUGGAGAAGGAGGUGGUGAGGGUUUGGUUCUGUAACCGGCGGCAGAAGGAGAAGAGGAUGACACCCGUUGGGGGACAGAUACCAGGAGGGGAGGACAUGUAUGGGGACACCCCACCUCACCACGGAGGACAGACUCCUGUGCAGUGACCUCUGAGGGAGAAAACCAAACGCAUCGAGGAUGAAAUUCCUCCUGAUUUGUUUAAUUCUCUGCGCUGGGCGCCGCUUCAGAACUGGACCUGGGCCAGGUUUAAGAUGAUGGACGGAUGCAGAAGGGACAGGAAGGAGGUGGGGGGACACAGAGUGGCACCUGAGCGCCAAAACACUCUGAACAGAUGUGUGUGUGUGGGGGGGGGG